AUGGAAAUGACUCAAGGCAAACACACCGUCAACAUCAAUAAUGAUUCAGUUCCUCCAGAUUAGGUGCUAUUUCUACUUCUAAAUUGAUUUUUCAUUUGAGCCCUGAAUUAUUGUAACCCAAGCACAUUUAAAGAUGCCCAGACGUGAUGAUAUGAACAGCUAUUUGCAGCAGCAAACCUCACCGUUUGACCAGCAGGUGCUUUCUAAAUUCCUGAACAUCAGCCCAAAGGCUCUGGGGGCUCUGGAAAUAUCCGUAGGUAUAGAAAUGCUUGUUCUAUCAAUCUGGACAAGGUUUUAUUAUGUCCUCUGGCCAUGUCUAAUUUCAAUUUUAACUGGAUCUGUGACCGUCUCAGCGGCACACAUACGUAGCACAUGUCAAGUCAGAAUCUCACAGCUUCUGAACUGUUUAAGUGCUAUAGCAGCUGUUGUCUCCAUCCCAUGUCAUUGUUUGGACAGCGAGGGUGAGACUCUAAUUCUCUUGCUAGUCUGUGAUGUUCUGAUCUUCAUCCUCUCUGUUACUGUGUCCUCGACGUUUUGUGACUGCUACAAGAAGUCUGGGCGAGCUGCAGUGAGUUACAUAAACAGAGAUGUGCCUUACAUGACUGAUAACAAUACUGAGCCUCAGGGCCAACAAAACCCCUUUAUACCUCCACCAUACAGUGAUCAAGGCCGUUUUGCACUUCAACCAAACUACAAUCCAAAACUUUCUGCACCUCUGCCAAAAUAUGAUCUAUAUCCUUCUCUGGCAAACUACAUCCCAAAUCAUGAUGCAGUCUUGUCUUCACCUUCGUUUAAUUAUGAUCCACAUCUUUCUGAACCUCCACCAAGCUAUGAUUCACGUGCUCCAGCAUCUGCAUUGAACUGUGAUCCAAGUCCUUCUGCCACUCCAUUGCCACAACUAUUAAGAAACUAAUGGGAUUAUUAUGGACCUUGGAAGAAAUCCAUCAGAGCUUUAUUUGAGCUCAUUGAAAAUGUAUAAAUUCAUGUAUCAUGUAGGUGUUACUCUUUUAAAAGUUUUAUAUUUUCAGUAUUUAUAUAUUUAUUAAUAUAAUUUCAGUAUUUUGUGCAUGUAUCAUUGAUUUUAUAUCAGUUUAUUUUUUAACUGAAUAUGUAUAUUUUUG